CUCUGCUCCAUUCGCACGCUCCGAUAGCGUAUCUGAUCUUAUGAUCUCAACUGAUAAUCGAUAACGAUCCACCGCGAUUCUCUAGUGCUGUGUUUGUGAUAAAACUGAUCUCUGUUCUUGCCUAUCGUGAUAACUGCUUGCAUACGUUACGACGGAAUCCAGUGAGUUUGAGUCUGCAUCAUUACUUGAACUAGUCAACUGCUAACUGGGAAUUAUCUAAAUUAUAAAUAACUGUGACUCGAGCAUGCUGAAGUGGUGACCGUUUGGUGACCACAAGAUGUUCGGAGGCAGCGGCGGCGCCACCAGUGGGGGGUACGGUGGUAACGGCGACUGCGCGGAGGGGUACGGGCUGGGGUACGUGUCGGGAGGGGGCCGGCUGCAGCAGUAUGCCGCCCACUUCGCGCCCCACCAGAACGUGUGGCACCACCACCAUGCUGCCCACCACGAUAGUUAUGGUGGCGGCGGCGUGGGCGGCGUCGGCUCCGUCGCGAGCGGCCUGUACGGACAGAACAUGGUGAUGGGGUCGUGGUGCGCGCCCUACGACGCCCUACAGCGGCCGCCGGCCUACGAUGGCGUCCUGGAGGUGUACGAGGAGGGCCGCGAGUGCGUCAACUGCGGCGCCAACAACACCCCGCUGUGGCGCCGGGACUCCACCGGCCACUACUUGUGCAACGCCUGCGGCCUCUACCACAAGAUCAACGGCGUCAACCGACCACUCGUGAAGCCGAGCAAACGGCUGAGCGCGGCGCGAAGACACGGCCAGUGCUGCACCAACUGUGGCUCCCGCAACACCACGCUGUGGAGACGCAACAACGACGGUGAACCUGUGUGCAACGCCUGCGGACUCUACUACAAACUACAUGGCAUUAAUCGGCCCCUAGCAAUGCGGAAAGACGGAAUUCAAACUAGAAAAAGAAAACCAAAAAAGUCGGGAAGUGCCGCGAAGCCCAAUCAAGAUAUCACUAAGAAAGAAGGUCACAGUUCUCCCGGAAUCGAUGGUGACAGCAAGCCGGGUCUAUCAGAAGUGCCACUGCCGCUGACGUCAUCGAUGUCGAGCCACAGCGCGCAGUCGAAGCACGGGCGGGAGCACGGCACGCCGGAGGGCGCCGGCCACCACGCGGCCGCCCCGCACCACGCCGCGUCGCCGCACCACGCGGCCGCGCACCACGCGCAGUACCCGCUGCCGCUGUCGUCGCCGGCGUUGUUCUCCAACGCGCCGCUGUUCAACAUCAAGAGCGAGCCGAGCGCUGCCGCCGCCUACGAGGGCUACGCCCCGCACGCAGCAGGACACUACCACUCGCAGCAACACUACCUGCACGCACUGCAGUACGGCCUCAGUAACGGCGAAGAAGAAGAAGGCAGUGGGUUUCUCCACCAGCGCAACGUGACUGCUCACGCCAAGCUCAUGGCGUCCACGUAGCGCCACAUACCAUCAGACACCAGCACCACACAGCCACGAGAUUACGCCAGAUAGUGGCCGCGCUGGCACUAUCACGGAGGACGGUAGCCACUGGUUCAGAAAUCUAGUUGUGACUAGUUGCGAAGCUGUUCAUAAAUUCAAAACCUGAAAACAACAUAUAUUCAAUACAACAAACAGGGAGUUUAAUGUAAA